UGUCGCUGGCUGUCUGUGAGGGAGACCCGAGUGCGCAUGCGCUGUGACCCCUCCUACGGAGCAUUGUGGGCGCCAUACAUUGGUGUGAUCGGAAAGCGGCUGUACGGCGGAGGUCAGCGGAUUACACGCCUUCCCUAAAGUGACGGCAGUAUAUUCAUAGAGGUGACUGUUUUUGAAAAACGAAAAUAACCAAAGGUAACCAAGAAUGAGUGUUACUCUUCGGUUAGAAGGUCUUUCUCGCAGAGCAAAUUCCAAUGAUAUUCGAAAAUUCUUUGUUGGACUGGACGUUCCCCAGGGAGGUGUUAGUAUCACUGGUGGGCCAGAUGGUGAAGCUUUUGUUGAUGUUGCAACAUGGGACAAUGCUUAUCAAGCUCUUCAGAUGUCAGGCCAACAAAUAAAGAAUUCCAUAAUAAAAAUUUCAGUUGUCUCCACAGAAGAAAAGCAGCAAGCUUUGGAAAACUGCCAGAAGGUCAAAGAUUCUGCACAUGGUAGAAAUGGUACAGAUGAGAAAAAUAAAGAAGGCAGAGAAGCUCAUUCUAGCUCCGGAUCAUUAUAUUUGCGGAUAGACAUUGAUGAGGUUGAUCCAACUCCGAAAGAUAUCAAACAUUUCUUUGAUGGCGUUUCCAUUAAGGACAUGGUGUUCUCUAAAGAUGAAGAGUCACCUAGUAAGGUAAUUGUAAUAAUCCUGUUUGGCAACCAAAAUGGUGCAUUGGAAGGCUAUAAUAGAUACAAGGAUAAGGAUGGCAAGAUCUCGAGCAUAGCGUGGUCGGAUCAAAAAGAGUGGAUCAAAUAUGGUGGAAAACUUUAUGAAGAUGACUGCCUUUCAAGCACAUCAGGAAAUAGAAAACGAACACGCUCUAGGUCUCCUCGAAAGGGGUCUAGAUCUCCAAAAAGGCAUUCUAGGUCUGCACGAAGGUCGCCUCGAAGGUCUCCGCGAAGGUAUACUAGGUCUCCACUAAGUUCCUCUAGAACACCCCUAAGCUGUUCUAGGUCACCUGCAAGUCAAAAUGAAGAAAAGAAUUCAACAAACUCCGCUGAGUACCAUGUGCAAUUGAGAAACUUGAGCUACAGUGUUAAAAGAGAGGACCUAAAAAAGCUUUUUAAAAACCAUGUACGUGAUGAUCAUAUUGUCUUUGUGUAUGAUGAAAGAGGUCACAGAACAAGAAAAGGUUUUGCAACAUUCACAAGUAAGGAGCACUUUAGGAAGGCUCUUGCGUUAAACAAAGUAAUGUUUAAAGGACAUAAGUUGUACAUAUCCCAAAUCUCUAGAUCAGAAAUGCAAAAAUUACUUCCUAGCAGUCAAGCAUACAUUUAUCUUACAAACUUUUCUCCUGAUGUCACUAAAAGUGAUGUUAAAGAAUUCUUUGUGGGCUUUUCUUUGAAUGAAGAUGAUAUUUUUCUGCUAUUUGACAAAAAAAAUACUUGUCCUGGGGAUGUGUUGGUAAAAUUCUCUUCAUCAGAAGAAACCUCCAAGGCUAAAAAACUAGACCGUGUAAGAUUCAAGGACAAGCGACUAUCACUUAAGGUGGUCUAUGAUGAUAAGUUAAAGUCUUUCCUGCACUCCAGUGGUUUGCACAUGAUGUUGACAGAUCCAAACGAAUGCGUGACUCAAGAAGAUGAGCCCUCUGAAGAUGAAGUUACCCAAGAAAAUAAUACUUGUGACGAUGAACCAAUUCCACAAGACAUGGAUAUGCCAGAAGAGGACUGUGCUGUCCAGCAGGAUUGCCCACCAGAAUGUGUUUCUCAAUCAGAUGAAUAAUGUUUUUCAGUGCAUUAAAGGGACUAAAGAUAAAGUGCUCCCUGAUAAGUGAGCAAACAAUACUUGCCAACCCUGCUGUCCUGCUGCAUUGAUGAGAGAUGCCUGCUCAAAUAUCUUCAGCAUCUUGGUGUGGAUGCUUGGCCCCCUGCUGUGCAUUGUGCUUUCUUUCACCCACUGCUAGAUCCUGUAGCGAUAUUUAGGACUGUGGAGGAAAGCGCAGAGUGCAGCAGGGAAGGCCAACAAUCCCACAUUUGUUAAAUGCAGAAGGCUUUCAAGCAAGCAUAUUUUAUUGCAGCUGUGGGAGAAAGGUACGUAUUGUUAGUUUACUUUGCAGUGAGCUAUCCUCCUCCUUUCUUCCUUUUUUUUUUUUUUUUUAUCUUUUGAAAAUAGCGACAGAGUCGCUUUAACCAGACUGAAUAGUUAAAACAUAACAGAAAAUGUUUUGGAUCGCAAUGGAAAGUACUGCAAUGGUUCCACAAAAUAGCAUAUUGUAUAUGUUACUGAGUUGUUACUUUUGUGAAAUUUAUACAUGUUUUCUUUAACAUGUUUUGAAAAUGUUUGAGAGUAACAAUAUUGGAAAGAACGAGCAUUUUCAUGCAAUGUUCUUUUAACAUGACAGAAAAUUCUCACUUUUCCCCCAGCUGUGCCAUUAUUGUAUGAUUCAGGGCUCUCUAAUCUUUUUCCUGAAAUUGUUUCUUACUGUGUUUUUUUUGCUUUGUAUUGUCCUCUGUAAGCUCCUAAACCCCCCCCCCCCCAUAUUUCCCUUUGGAAAGAGCAGUGCACGUUAGUUGUGGUCUUCUGUACUGCUGUAUGCGCAAUACAAAUGGCAUAUUCCCUAGUCUAACUCAGGAGUAAGCAAGGGAGAGUGGCUACGUUUCUACAUACCAUGGAGAAUGAACAUGGCUACCCUUAAACAGGAAGUCAAAGCAGAGCAGCAAAAUAAAUUGGAUGAGGCAGAAAGCAGUAGAAUGUACUUUUUUGAGUUAAGAAUACAUAGAAUUUUAUAUAGAACUUCAUUUUUUUUUUUUUUUUUUUAAACCAGAGUUUAGUGUCACUUUAACUCUUUUUUUAAACUUUGCUAUCUCCUAAGAUUUUAUUUGCUGUGGCAUUCCACCCUGGCACUGGCAGCUCUGCAGCACAUUUUACGUUUUAUACUGCAGCUGUUUCAACUGUUUUUGCUACACAAGUCAAGAGUCUCAAUACUUUUCUUGUAUUUGCAAAGCCAUUGCAGCUACUGCUGCACUCAAUCCUUGUAAGCACAUAGUUUUAUGGCCAUAGCUAUGUUUCUUAACUUAAGUUUUCAUUAUUUAGAUUUCAUGUGCUGUGUUGUUCCACCCUUGUUUUGUCAGCUCUGCCGUACGUUUUACUUUUCAUCUUACAGCCAUUCCAAGUCCCUUGGCCACACAAAGUUAGUGGUCCUAAUACUAACUUUGAUGGACCUGUGUAAAUCCACAUGGAAAUGGGCUCUGCGUAGAAGUACAAAGCAGGAAAUGUGUUCCGGCCUUCCAUUGUAAUGAAAUGUUGAUUUUUCGUAAUAAAACAUAAUUCUCUCACAGGUGAAA